GUUGUAACUGCGUGCUUUCGCGAGAAUUCUACUUAGUCUUUGAGCUUGUAUUAACCUGAGGCCGUUCGUCGUUGUAGCUGUCCGGGAAUUCUCCAUAGCCCACGCAGGCUGUGCGCGGUACGUGCGCCGAAGGCACCUCCAAAGCACGUUGAGCAGUGGACGCGCCGAGAACCGAGACGUCAGGAUCACUACCUACCCACUGCGUCAACAUGUCUACAUUUCGAGCUGUCAACACCAUGCUGACAGUACCGGAUCCACCACCAGGGCGCCCGGGAGAAGAGACCACUCCCACGACUCCUCGCCCAAACAGCAUGUUUUUCGCCGAGUCGAGAACAGCAGAGGAUGCUCGCGCUGAGGACGCAUCCGUUAAAACUCCAACGCGCAACACCUUUACCGGUCUAGCCGCUCAACGGCCACUCCCUUCGUCGCCUUUCACGCCCGCACGCCAACUAAGCGAAACACCCUCGAACAAGAGUGACAGGAGUAGGGAGCACUCGCAUAGAUCGGCACAGUCUGUAGAUUCCCCACAAGACGUCCAGAUGGGUGACGACGACGAGGAUGACAAGGAUGGGUCAGACAACGAGAGCGUAACCAGUGAUACAAACAGGCCAUCGAAAAAGAAGAAGGGUCAACGGUUCUUUUGCACCGAGUUCCCGCCUUGCAACCUGAGCUUCACUAGAAGCGAACAUUUGGCGAGACACAUCCGUAAGCACACUGGCGAGCGGCCGUUUCAAUGUCAUUGCUCCCGGCGUUUCUCGCGACUCGAUAACCUCCGACAACAUGCGCAGACUGUCCAUGUAAACGAGGACAUCCCAUCAGAAUCGCUCGCCGCAACUGGUACUCGAUUCCAAAGGCAGAUCCGGACUGAUCGUGUAAGGCCACCGGGAAACCGCUCGAGGGCAAAUACACUAGGCAGCACAGGAGGGCACAGCAGAGGUCACAGCAGAAACUUGUCAGCGUCCAGUAUAACAUCCACCAUUUCUAGUAUGAGCGUAGCGCAGACUCCAGACAUAAGACGUCGCCCCCCACCUCUCGCCAUGGCCAACGAUGGUGCUGCUAGGGCGCGUCUGUCAAUCAGCACUAUGGAGGCCUACAAUCCGCCGCUUAUGGGAAGCCCUGGACCGCAAAUUGUUGAUUACGAGGUACAGUCGAACGCUCCAACUACGCCAACUUCAGCCACCUUCUCCACAGCUGCGGGUAGUCCUGCUCAUUUUGGGUCAACUCUUCAGUCUCCUGCCUCCAAUGCAUCGAGACCGGUAUCUUGGGCAGGUCACGGCAUUCCAGGACGCCGAGUAUCAGUUUCGUCUAUCGGGAAUCCGUUUUCUGGACCGCCCGGGUCGCUUCCUCCUCCGUACAUGAGUCCCCUACCACCGCAACCAUCUGCCGCUCCGACGUUUUCAAGUCAAAGUAGCGUAUAUGCCAGUCCUACGACAUCGAACUUCCCAGAACACAGAAGAGAGUCCAAUGCGGAUGCCGACUGGAGGAGGCGCACCUGGCAUCCAGGAACAUACACAGGUCCUCGCCCGGCGACUAGUGGUCUCGGAUACCAUCAGACGCCGGAUGCCUUGAGACCAUCAUAUACAACGCAGCCUGCGGCCUCACAGACCACUAGGCUGCCUGGUAUCGAGAGUUUCGAUUAUGCACCUCCCCCACCACCUCUUACACGUCAGCAAUCAGGUCCGAUGCAGAUGGAGUCCCCCGCGCGUCCGCUCACUUAUCACGCACCAGUUGAUUCUAGACCAAGCACCAGACACGAGAAACGUUCAAGUAUCUCAUGGGAUAUCAACCGUCUUGAACUCAACAGCCCUAUCACGCCGCGGGAGCAGUGGUCGCAAUAUCCCCAUAGCGGACAAUCUAGCACAGGGCGGCCGUUGACAGCACCGCAUGGUUACUUCAGCCAACGUCAGCCAGCCUAUGCUACUCAGUCUGUGAUGAGUUCUCCACUGCAAUCAGCAAGGAACUCGCAAGAGCAACCUGUUACGCCUCGCAAGAACAAACGACAGGCCUGGUACAUGGGACCCAUCAGUCAACCAGUACGAGCUAUGCAACGUACAUCUCCCGAAGACUCAAGUAGCAGCGAAGGUGUGCCAACUCCUGGGAUCGCGACGAUGGCCGAAUAUCAUCCUGCAAUCAUGCACAACAAUGAACAUGUCGAAGUGCAGCCUCUCGGACCUCCGGUGGAAGAUUCCAAGCUCAUCUCACAGGAAUCAAUCAUGGAAAGGCCGCAUCCAUUCAGUCCGCAGUAUCGACACUACCAUAGUCAUAGUUUGUCCAGUUCUGGAUAUCGUCCGCAACGCGAACCUGAAAGAGGUCCAGCCCAGUUCGGACAACCUCUGCCGCAGACGGGCGCCAACGACAUGAGACGAUUGGAAGCGCUUGUGGCUGUUGCGACGGGAGAGCAGCAGACUGUCGAGAACCGAUCCUGAGUAGUGUCGAGCACCCACGAUCACGACCCCCUGCAUGAUCGCAUCCUGGAGUGGUAUAUCCUCUCAGCCCAUGUAAAGGACACACAUACGAUGUUACGAAACCCAUGACGAAUCUCCUUCGGUUUGGCCGCACGAUGUACAUCCUUUUGUUUCUGUUCAGCACCACACGACAUGCCGUCUCCCUGUUCUUUUGUUGGUGGAGAGAGUUUCCAUUGUCACUUUCGAAGAUACCCAGAAGAGUAACAGUGCUCGCAUUUUUACGGG